CCGGCCAGACAGGAGGAGACUCCCAACUCACACAACAACGACAGCCACCGCCACGCCCAUCUUCCCUUGCCUUGCUCACACCGAACGCCUCCCCAUCCAUCCAUCUCCUUCCCUCAAUAAAACGAGCCCAUCUCACUCAGCUCCGUCCGCAUCAGCUCCAUCGCCAUUAAUCAUCCUGUGCACGUCAUAAGAAGUGACAAGCAGCAGCAGCCAUGGGCAAGAAGCUCGCCCUCGCCUCCCUCUUCUUUGCUGGCGGUAGCGUCGAUUCCGCCGCCACCGGGAGCCUAUCGCCUCCCUACUCUCCUCCGCCGUCCGUUUCCGCCGUGUCCUCCGGCAGCACGGCCGCCUACUGGCAAUGGCCCUCCUGCGCGCAGGCCAGGACCGCGUCCUUCGACGGCCGCAGCAGCGUGGAGGCGGAGGCGUCGUCGUCGGCGUGGGCGCGCCGGGACUGCUGCAGGACGACCCGCGUGAUCACGAACCCGGCCUACUGCGACGACGACACGGCUGACAGCUCCUUCGUCUCCGCCACGGGCUCGUCCUCGGCUUCCACUGCGGCGCCGGAGCCGGAGCCCUCGGUCGAGGAGGCGGUAAUCCGCGGGAUCCGGGCGUCGAGCCGGCUCUUCUUCGAGCCCGAGGCGACGAAAUCCAUCGUGACGACGAGCAAGCCGGCGUUCGGUGGGGCGACGGCGCUGGCCAUCGACUCCGCGGACCCGUACGGCGACUUCCGGCGGUCCAUGGAGGAGAUGGUGCUGAGCCGCGGCGGCGGCAGGGGCGAGGACGACUGGGGGUGGCUGGAGGAGAUGCUGGGGUGGUACCUCCGCGCCAACGGCAAGAAGACCCACGGCCUCAUCGUCGGCGCCUUCGUCGACCUGCUCGUCGGCCUCUCCGCCGUCAACAACAAGCAGAGCGGCCGGUGCUAGCUAGGAUCAUCUAAUACCAUGCGUGCGUGCAAUGCGAUUGCUUACGGAAGAAAUUCUGCCACACCAUUGUCCGAUCCAUUGGUGGCAUCAGCAAUUCGAUCGAGUCGAGCGAGAGGUGUAUGCAUGUGUUGUGUUUGUUUGAGAGCAUAUGCGUGUCUGUAGUAUAUGUAUUCUAGACGUUGACUGUUCAAUUAUUUGAUGAUUGCACAUUUGCUA